UCCGGCCAGAGGUGUGUAGCCUACUGCCCAGCUGACGUGUUGACCAGGAAGCAUAUAGUCCUACCUGGAAUCUACCCUCAUCCGCUACUGGCAACACACUGUAUGUACCCAUGGAUCAGGUGGGUAGUGUGCUCUGUGCCUGAGUGGGACGUGUGCUGUGUUCACUGGGGCCUGAUACCGGGACAGUGUAGGCAGCUGAUACCUGUUUCGUCGUCUGCUACUGGGAUACGAUUCACUGGAUACCUCCAGCCAUCAGCUUUUGUAUUGUACGUCAGAUACUUCCAUUGAUGUGUAAUGGCAGACGUGGAUUUAAGUUCUUGUGUAAUUUGUAUGUAACUGCCAGAAUGACCAGGUAAUACUGACUGGACAAAUGUGUUUUAGUUUACAGAGGAGCUAGGUGUCUGUAUAACCUACCAUUUGUUAUAUGAUUACGGUAUACAGGACAAAGUGUUGUGUUGACACGAUUGAUAUAUACCGAUAGUGUCUCUGUUGUGUAUGCAUGUCAUGUGUUGUUGCAGACGUGCAUAUAUUCACUCAUCCUGAGAUAUAUCUGGCUACCUACCACAUAUGUGGAUACUGUUUCUAUCAACGAAAACUACCUCAAAACGAUUCAGGAUGCAGUUGACGUCGAUAGGGAUGUCAAUACCGUGUUAUUUUUCAACAACAAUCGGUGAACAUACAGUCCACCAGUAAAGAUCGGAAGCCUGUGGUUCAUGUUCAAGGAGUGGACCUCAAAAAUAAAUACUGCUUUGAUAAGAUUACCUUGCCCUUGAGAGCUGACUUUUCACAAAUUGUUUGUGUAGAAUCAACCGUGCUAGGUUGGUUUUGAGAUUUGAAAGCAAGCGGAUCAUAUCUUAUCUAACGCUUUGACUGGAGUACUUCUGGCGUAGCUAACCUGGAAAUUUGGUGUUUUUCGCAAAAUAGGAUCAGUGAAGUGACAGUGAGUCCUGUAACCUGUCGGAUAUCAAUUUAAUUGACAAUCAUAUCAUAAAAUGGAGUGACAGUUAUGGUGUGGAGUUUAUGAGAGAGAGUACUACUGAGGAAACAGUGUCAAUCGGAGGUUGCCUGGACUCAGCCUUCCCCUUUGUGUCCACUGUGGCUGGAAUACAUUUCUGAUGGACAGGUCUAGAUUGCACGUCAUAUGAAAAGAACAGGGGUGCAUGAUCUGACAAAAAAGACCCGGUUUUAGAUCCCACCUCAACUUACUGUCAUGAGCCUUUGACAAACAGAGCAGCAUUUGCUGGACAUGGAAACAGAAGAUAUUAUAACUGUGACUUUACAUCUUCAGGAACACCCAUUACAAACUUGACUAACAGUGGAUUAUACUAAAGUGGUAGCCCAAGUGUAGGAAUCUGUGGUUUGUUCUCCACCUUGAAGGAGUCACAUGUGGAUGAAGUGGUCAGUGCCAAAUGAGGGAAUUGGCUCCCUGAUAGAGAUAACUUUCUGCUUGACCGUUCUGACCUUGCCAAUUGGAUGCCGACUGGUAAAGCUAAUCACUGUCUCAAGCCACAAUUAAACUGUACACACUACUGGAUAGAUUGGGAUGUUUGGACAUGAUGUGAAAACUGGGAUAUCAACUCCAUUGCUUGAUGUUGGAUAAAGCAUACAAAUGAUAUCGUAAGGAUCGUUAGUGUUGCCACCGUUUGUAAAUAUUGUGACUUAUCAACUGGCUAUAUGUCUGGAAUAUUUCCCAUGCGUGAGAUCAGUAAGCAUGUAGAGGACCUGGAUGUGCUGCCACACCCCCUGUCUUACAGUAAGUUUGGGGGGAUGUACCACCGCCCGUGGUCAUCUGUGGUGGAGCUACCAGUCACUGAUACCCACAACUUCAGCUGCAACGUCCUGCACAGCAUUGGGGACUACUACCAGCCCAGCAGAGAUUCCGGGUCCCUGACAUCCUUCUACUCGGAGGACUCGGAGGAGGUCACUAUCUCCAAUGUGUUCGAGGAAAAAGCUGAGAACUUUGUAAUGGCUGCCCUCUUUUGUGCCUCCGAAGAAGGAAAUGUUGAUGGAUUAAAGGAUCUCUCAGAAACAGCCAAUAAUAUAGAUCUGAACACUGCAAAUAAGCACGGUGAGACUGCAGUACACAUGGCAGCUAGUGGAGGCCAUGUUGACGUCAUCAAGUUCUUGCAAUCCAAGGGUGUGGAUGUUGGAGUUAAAGAUAAGCAAGGGGACAGUGCAGUGUACUGGGCGGCUCGGCAGGGUCAGCUAGAUGUCAUCAAAUACCUGCAGGAAGCUAACGUCCCACUGGAUGGCAAAAACAAGUCAGGUGAGAAUGCCCUCCACGUUGCUGCACGCUACGGCCAUGCCCACGUUGUGGACCACCUGUGUGAAGCUGGCGUCUCCAUCAACCUCCAGGACAGUCUUGGCGAGACCCCCGCUCACAGCGCUGCUUGGCAUGGGUUCUCACAUAUUGUUCGAAGCCUAUGUUUUGCUGAUGCAGUUCUUGAUAUUCAAAACAAGGAGGGGGAGACAGCCUUGCACUGUGCAGCAGUCCGCGGCAAUCUACCAUGUGUCAAGAUCCUGCUGGAACAUGGAGCGCCACUGAACCACAUGGACAAGAGAGGAAGUACAGCUCUCCACAUGGCAUGUCACAGGCAUCACACCUCCAUAGCCCUCCUCUUGCUCAACGCUGGAUGCGAGAUGGAUCUCAUGGAGAAGGAGACCGGAGAGAGUGCCCUCCAUGCUGCUGCCCGAGAGGGACUUCUCUCUAUAGUGCAUACCAUGUGUGAGCUGGGCUGUAAGGUGGACACAGUCAGUGUUGAUGGUUUGACUCCCCUCCAUCUAGCCAGCAAGGCCGGCCAUAUCGACAUUGUCCGCUGUCUGCUACUGGCAGGAGCUAAUGCUGAUAUUUCCAACAAGGAUGGGGUGACAGCAGAGAUCAUGGCCCUGGCCCAAGGAUUUUCUGGUAUUGGAGAUCUCCUCUCUAAGGUCCGAGGGGAACGUGGCUCCAUGUACAUCAGUCAGCUCAUCCCCCAGCCACAGCCACUGAAUCGCAUCAAGCUCAAGAUGCUCGGCUCAACCGGUGUCGGCAAGUCCACGCUCAUCGAGACACUCAAGUACAGCUACUUCGGGAGUUUCUUUCGGCGAAGUAGACAAGGCAGCACAAACAGCAAAACGAAAACCAAGAAUAAGUUGUCUCGUCAGUUCAGCUUGCCUACCCCUCUGUGCUACACAGUGGGCAACCCCAUCUACACCAAGGGAGUGGACAUCCAGCAGCUGAAUGUCACAGGUGUUGGAGAGAUGAGCGUGUGGGACUACUCUGGCUAUGAGCCAUACUACAUGUUGUAUGACCACUUCCUCGGGGACACCUGCUGCAUCCACAUGGUGGUGUUCAGCCUCAUCGACUCGUACGAUGAACAGCUGGCUCAGGUCAUCUUCUGGCUCAACUUCCUCAAGGCCAGGAUUCCACUGCAGCUGCCCAUAGGUCACUGUGGCAAGAUGCCGAACACCCCAAAGGUUAUCCUAGUGGCGACCCAUGCAGACAAGGCAGGGUGCACCAAGAACAGCAAGGGCGAGUACAUCAGCAAGGAGGGCAGUGGACUGCUGACCAAGGUGGCGCAGAUGUUCCAGUUUGAUGUGGACAUUGUGGACAAGCUGUUUGUCCUGGAUGCUACUGUAGCUGCCACCACUGAAAUCAAAGUCCUGAAGCAGCAGCUGAGUGACAUGAAGAGUGAGAUUACUUGUAGCCUGCCAAAGACAACUGGGUUCCUUGAAGCUGUGGUGACAAGCCUGCCUUCAUGGAGGAAGUCGUCUUCCUCCUUCCCAGUGUUAUCUUGGCACCAGUUCAUGGAGUACACCAGAAUGAAGGUGAACCCCUUGGCCGGGGAGGGCCACAUGAAGAUGCUGGCAGAACAGCUGCAGCUCAUAGGAGAGGUGAUCUACCUUGAGAGUGAGUUUGUGCAAGAUCUUGUGGUGUUCAACCCGCAGUGGUUGUGUUCAGAUGUGAUCGGUCAUCUCAUCUCCCAUGACAAGAUAGUACAGUCCCGCAUCACCGGCUGUUUCUCAGUUGAUGAAUUCCAGCUAAUGUAUGCUGACUCAGAUGCGCUUGACCUCUUGCAAGUCCUUGAGGCCUUGGAACUUUGUACACCCUGUGAUAAUGAUGGUGAUAUUGAAUAUGAGUUCCCAUGUCUGAAUUUUGUGGAGACACUCAAUGGAUUGUGGCAGAGAGACACAAAACGCUAUGCAAAAGGAGUUUAUGGAGGUGUUCGCCUCCACACUAGCUUCCAGUAUGGUGCUCAGCUUAAGUAUCUGUUCCCAAGGAUACAGGUGUAUCUCCGGAGGAACAUCGCUCAGGAUACAGAUGACCCAUCCAAUGAUACUGACUUGUACCAGUGGCAUCACGGGACCAAGUACUGCUGUGGGGACCUAGAAGGGAUGAUAGAUAUGGACCGCCAUGAACAGUUCCUUGAGAUCAAGGUGAGAGGUUCUCCCGACGCACGGUCUUCCUUGUUCUAUUUCCUUGAGGACCUGGUCAAUAUUGUGGAGCAAGUCAUUGACAAUGUAUGUCCUGGGCUUUGUGUGGAGAGGUAUACCCUGAGUCCAAGUCAGCUGAAAGAACACAAUAAGAUAAUCAGGAGCUACUCACCAACAGAGAUUCUGAGGAUGCAGAUGGACAACAGGCACUCCAUGGUUCUGUCAGGGGAAGUUUAUGAAGACUUUGUGGACAUCGUUUGUAUGGGUUCAGAGGAAAUCAUGGCCAGUAUAUGCACAGGCAUGGAUCUUGACAUUUCACAUCUAUCAAUCCACACACGUAGACUUCUUAGCUAUCUGCUUGAUCCUCCUGAGCAUAUGGGUCGAGAUUGGUGUUUGUUGGCUGUGACUUUAGGUCUGAGCGAUUCCCUUCCUGUGUUGGAUAAGGAGGCAAAUCAGCAGAUGAGUCAGACAGAUCGGGUCCUCGAGGAGUGGUCCAAACAUCAUAGUGCCGCUGUCAGAUUAUUAGUAUCCAAGCUGAAAGAACUGAACCGCUUGGACUGUGUUGAAGCUAUUCUGCGGACAACCACUCCGUUCCGUGUGCCCAACUACGAGGACCAGAGUACAGAAGAGAGUGCCAGUGCCCUUCAGCACACAGCCAAUGCCUCCACUAACACACUCUCCAACUUGUCUCGGUAGCCAUGUGUUGCCUUCUCAGUAGGAAAUAUCACCUUCAGAUGCCACAAACUGAACAGUGUGUGUGAAAGGGGAGACAAUUAGUGAAUAGAAAUUACCUCCCCUUGAAUGAAAUCUUCAACUACUGCUUUUCAUUGCUCAAUGGUGCAUGUUAUUUGAGUCCCAUGGAUCGGAUGGAGUAGGAAUCUUCUGGAUUACAUAUAUGGUGAAGAGUUUAGUCUUGUAGGACUUGAGUUGAAAGCAAGAAUUGAAAUGGUCAAUUUUGCUCUCACUGUUCAACGGGAUUCCUCCAAGUUCCUGCUUGAACACCUACACCGGCUUAUUCUGUGAUCUUCAAACCUCAAGAAGGAGACUUGUGCAUACUACUGUGUCAUCUGAGAAUAUUCCUCAAGAGAUUCUGUGUGCAGUGUUCAGAAUCUCAAAGUGUUAAACAAUGAUUAUUGAAGAAACAGACAAUCAGUCUGUAUUAUCCAGUGCUGAACUUAGACAUUGGACUAUUUGCAAUGUGCAAUGCUUUUGUCAGACUACAACUGUCAGUACGACAAGCAACAGAUCGAAUGACAAAAUGCAUUUCUUUUCUUGAUAUUAUUCUAACCAUGCACUUUGUAAAGCUGUUUCUAUGAUUAUGAUAUAUGUUAGCCUAACAACCAUCAUAUUAGUUGAUGAACUGAAAUGAGAUGGUGCCUAUCUUCAUCCAAACUGUUCUACAUGCAAGCUGAUCAGGGCUUUCACAGACAUAUGGAUAACAUGCAAGAAAUGUGCAUGUGUGACACAUUGAUAACAUUCAUGUUUAGCAUUUCUCAUUUACUUGACCACAUCAGUGCCAUCAGUUUCCAAAACCACAGCAUUAUGCCAAAACUGCUGGAGACUAGCCCAGGAAAUAUGUCAUUCAGGUUCCUUAGCUAGAUGCUUUGCCAGAUAGGACAAUGUAGGCAGAUGAGCUUGGUAGACUAGACAUCUGAUGAUGAAGCAGAGGCGUCUGAAAUACCAUUGUGGCACUUGUCUGUGCACUUGUUCCUGUGCUUCUCAUCUUCCUGUAAAUAUCUGACUCCCAUCAUUGUAAAUGUCCCGAUUAUUGACAAGCUGUACUGCUGGUACACGAUUGAGUACGAGUUGAUAUUUCUAUCAGUAUGAUGUAUGUUCAACAAACUGCCUGUAUAUGUAUUUCAUUAGCAUGUGUUGCGUACAAAUGAAAUCCUUUCUACCCAACCC